AUGACAAAGAGAUUGAACAAAACUGCAGGUUGUAUUACCAUAGAAGAUCUUGCUACAAUGAUGAGGUGUUUGGAUCAAAAUCCGACUCAGAGAGAGCUCCAUGACAUUAUGAAUGAAAUCGAUUUGAACAGAAACGGAACGAUAGAGUUCGACGAAUUCUUGGACCACAUGUCCAAGAAUAUAAAGGAAAGGUAUUGUAUGAGCCUCAGACAAGCUUUCAAAGUGUUUGAUGAGGAUCAAAAUGGUUACAUAUCAGCUAAUGAGCUUCGGAAGGGGAUGCUAUGCUUAAUAGGGCGCGAAAUAACAUAUGCAGAGGCGGAAGAGAUGAUUAGAAAAUCAGAUUUGGAUGGUGAUGCACAUGCUAAUUUUAUUGAAUUUGUCAAUAUUUUGAGCACCCUUUGCUAA